AUGAGACCCGAUUUGUUUCCUACUGGAGACGAUGAUGAAGAGCUUUUUGGUAUGAUGGCCGAAUGUGUUGAUUUGCUUGAACAAGGUGAAUCAUCAAGACCAUACAUACCCCGUAGCGUCGUUGAAAGAGAUCGAUAUGGUGCUAACGAGCGCCUAAUGGCAGCUUACUUUAACGAAAACCCAAAGUAUUCGUUGAAGAGCUUUAGGCGACGAUUUCGUAUGUCUAAACCUAUGUUCAUGCGCAUUGUCAACGACAUAAUAUCAUAUCCAUCUCGCAAUCCAGGUGCUAUGCCUUUGCAUUUUAAAAAAAUGCAAGACAAGCAGCUUGAUGCCCGAGGAAAGCCUGGUUUCAGCACCAUCCAAAAGUGUGUAUGCGCCAUACGUCAAUUGGCGUAUGGCUACAAUCCCGACUUGCUUGACGAGUAUCUACAGAUGGGUGAAGAAACAUCAAGGCCAACACCGGAGGACAUACAACGUUUGUACGCUCAACAUAAAGAGCUUCAUGGCCUUCCAGGCAUGCUUGGAAGCAUUGAUUGCAUGCACUGGCCUUGGAAGAACUGCCCCAAGGCAUGGCAAGGUCAGUUUACGUGUGGUGAUCACGGUCAUCCAACCAUCAUGCUUGAAGCAGUAGCUUCAUACGAUAGGUGGAUCUGGCAUGCUUUUUUCGGCACAGCUGGUUCGAACAAUGAUAUAAAUGUUCUGAACCAGUCGCCUUUAUUUAGGAAAAUCAUUGAAGAUCGUGCACCUGAUAGCUCGUUCACUGUUAAUGGCACCCACUACAAAAAGGGUUACUAUCUUGCGGACGACAUUUAUCCCGAAUGGUCGACUUUUGUAAAGGCGUAUUCAUGCCCUCAAGAUGAGAAGCGAAAGAAAUUUAAAAAGUUUCAAGAAAGUGCCCGGAAGGAUGUCGAGCUUGCCUUUGGAGGGCUUCAAAACUCAUGGCACAUUCUAACCCAACCAGCAAGAUCAAAAAGCGUGAAUCGGAUCACUCGAACAAUGUACGCAUGUGUUAUAUUGCAUAACAUGAAGGUUGAAGACGCGGGGUACACCAUAAGCUCACUCGAGGAAGGAGACGACAUUGACCCAGUCGUCUUACCGGAGCGUACAUUCCAGGAAAGGAUUGCACUUCACCAACGUACCGGCAAGGAGCUUCGAGAUCGCACUGUGCAUCAUGCUCUUCGCCAUGAUCUUACAGAGCAUGUAUGA